GUUGUUUUCCUACUGAUAGCUCUAGCCGUAGCCGUUGCAGUAGGCUGGAACAGUCUUUGCAGCCAUGACCUCCCAUGUGCUGUGCUUCCUCGCCCUGGUGGUGUUCGCGCCUGGGCCUCGUGCUGCCUUGGCCUCGGAAGACCUGGCGGAGUAUCUGAAGACCCGUGCGGCGUUCCUGAAGCAUGAAGAUGCCUUGGUGGAUGGCGCGGGCACCAACUUGACUGAGGACGAAGCAGCAUUUGACCAUUGGCUCGGAUCCACGGUGCAAGAGAUGAUUCAGCAGUACAAGAAGCAGCGCUUGGUCGACCGUUUUCUUCCAUCCACCUAUUUCCCGCGUGUUCGCGCACUCAUUGAGAACACAACGCUCUACAAGGUGCUGCGGCAGAUGCCCAAGGGUGGAGCAUUGCACUUGCACGUCUCAGCGUCCUUUUCCAUGACCUGGGUGGUGAAUCAAGGCCUUGAUCUGCCGGGUUGCUACGUUUUCUGGCCGAACACCACGAGUGCAGAUGAUCCACCACUGGGCUCCUUGGCCUUCUACAACGCCACACAGGAGAAGAAAGCGGGCUAUUUUCCAGCAAAGGAACUGAUCCAGAAGGAUAAAGACUUUCCACAGAAGCUUCUGAAGUUGCUGACAGUGCAUGAAGAGGAUGAAUCGCUGACCUCGGCAGAGAUUUGGAAGAAGUUCGCCGACAUUUUCAUCCGUGUCGCAGGCUUCUUCACUUACCGAGAGGCACUGGAGGGAUACUUCUGGGCGACGAUGCUGGAGUUCUUGGAGGAUGGAGUGACGCACUUGGAAUUCCGUGUUGAUUUAUUCCACGACCAGGGCUUUCUCUUUGACCUCGACGGGCGGGAAUACCGAGGAGCAGCUGCCCUGGAUGUGUACCAGAAACAGAUCCAAAAGAUGCAAGUCCGACAUCCAGAGCUCACCGUGAAGCUCAUCGGCACCAGCAUCCGCAUGCGAAGCCCACAGGUGAUUGCCGAAGAUUUGGCUUUCGCUUUGGAGGUGAAGGCUCAGCGUCCCGACCUACUGGUGGGUUGGGAUGCUCCGGGUGAGGAAGAUGCGGGACAUCCCACCUUGGACUAUGCACGUCAGCUGUUAGAGCUGAAGAAGCAGGCGAAAGCCGGCCUCGAACUGCCACUGAUGCUGCAUGAUGGUGAGAGCGACUGGUCCACCAUGAACACGGUGGACGCGGUCCUGCUGGGCGCCAAGCGUCUAGGACAUGGCUUCAACAUCGUACGUCACCCGUUGCUCAUGGAGAAGGUUCGCGAGGAUGGCGUUGCGAUUGAGGUUUGCCCCAUUAGCAACCAGGUCUUGCGCUACCUGAGCGACCUGCGAAUCCACCCGGGCCUUCAGAUGCUGAAGAUGGGACUCCCUGUCACCAUCUCCUCGGACGAUCCGGGCAUCUGGGGCGCUCGAGGCUUGUCCCAUGACUUCUGGGAGGUGGCGGUGGCCUGGCAGCUGAACACGCGAGCGCUGAAGACGUUGGCACGGAACUCGAUCGCCUACAGCGGCCUGGCACCCAAGGAGAAGACCGAGGCCUUGCAGCGCUGGCAGCGGAACUGGCAGAGCUUCAUGGCGAGGUGGCGGGAGAGCAACACUUUGGUGAUUUGAGCAUGGCCUUGGUAUUGCGCUCGGACGCAGGAUUCAGUGAUGAAGUGGCACAGAGGUGUGAGCUAGCGGUGAUCGCGCCAGACUUGCUAAAUGGCUUAAGAUGGUAUACAUUGGUAUACUGUAACCUUUUUACUGACUUAGUUACACAUAGUUACACAUGCUUCACAUGAUUUGCACAAGGGCUUUCGUUUUGAUCCAAGGGGAUCUGGCUGAAGUCCCAAACUUGAAGCAUCUUGAAACUGGCAAAGAAAACACUUCGAUAUCUAUAGAUCUAGAAUGAUCUAGAGAAUAUCAAGAGCUUGCCGUGGUUAUGCACGAAAACGACUCCAUGUGGCGCCGAACGAAGGGCUUUGAUCGAGGGCGUUUUGUUUGGAGAUGUCCUUGAUUCAUCCUUCAUUCGCACAACAACUCAUCGGAUUUUCCGAUCGCCGGGGGCCUUAAAGGCUGCGAUCCGAUGCACCUCUGGAGGUGGUGCUGAGAUGAGCCUGCAA